AUGGAGUAAAUUUGAGGACUAAAAUGACACUUUGGAGAAACGUAUGGACUGAAGUGCAAAUCGAUCCCAAAACGACUGUCGAGCACAUCCCUCCCUCCACUCUCGGCCAAACCUCAACCAUAUCUGUUUACCCCCAUCUUCCUUUCCCGUUCGCUUGCCGACCAAACGGCCUCAGUUCUCACAUCAGCCAAAGCGCAGCCCUCCCUGUCCUUUGCUUUACCUGAAGAGAGAGCAGCGCUUGUUGGCGGAGGAAUGGGUCAACUUUGUCCCAUCCAAUCAACGGUGAAUGAAAAAAAAAAGGAGCAAUCGAAGGGUUAAAAAGAGGAGAGAAUAAGCAAUCCGAGGGAAGAGUUAGGUUUUUUUUUUCUGUUAAGUUUUUGUAUAAAUAGAGUGGGAGAAU